CUUCGAUCUCACACUGAUCUCAUAUACUAGCUUAAUAGCUUGCCCAAUCGUUUUGUUAUAAACUCGAACGAAAUUCAUAACGACACUUCAGUGCCUCCUUCGGUACUAGUCUUACAUGUCAAUCGACCAAAAUCGUCCUGCGGUGGCUUCAUUGCCAAUGGUUUUUGAUGUUGACGAUGUUUCACCAGUGCCAUCCUCUGAGGUACCCGAUCUCAUGCUUGCUCAGAAUCCUCCACACUCGUUAUCACACUCUCUCCCUGAGCCUUUACCUCCAUUUUCUAAUCUCCCAAAUGGUUCAGUGACAACAGUGCACGUGCCCCUAUCCAACCUCACGUCUUCUGCGUUCAUGGACUCACCAACUCCCCUUGACCCAGUUGCUUUUUCAUCUACUGCGUCGUCCUCGGCCACAUUUAUACCGGAAUUUAAUCCAUCUUUUUCCGUCACUUCCCCCGUAGAGAACGGUAUGGCUGUCAAGCUACCGACUUCUCGGCAUGCGUCUUCUCUCUCGCCACCUAUGAAUCACUCUGUUCCUUCAUCCGCAUUACAUGGGCCUGCAUCAUCGUACAGUGCUUGUUCAUCCUCCUUGCAGUCAGCUCUAGAAUCCUCGGUACCUUCCCCAGGCCAGCACUCUCCUUCUUUGACGCUACCUGUCAAUAUCGCUAUGCCGGUGCCAUCCGCACUCGUUGUACCUCCUCCUCCUCCUGCGGAAACAAUAAGUCUUACUUCGGAUGAACGUGCUUUGACUAUUGGAAGGGAUAUUCUUGACCAAGUUGUGCAGUCAGCAUCUACAGCUGCUGAUUUAUGUAGGUCGGAAGUCAACGGGCGUGCUGAUGCCGGUAAAAUUGUCGAUAUAGUCGAUGAUCUAAGGUCGAAACUGGCUUACGUUUCGGACGUGAUAUCUGGGUUCAAAGAAAUGUCUGUGGUCGAUCAUCCAAUGUACACGCAGUCCAAUGCCGUUACAGACUAUCCAACACCAUUACCACCAGUUUUUGAAUCUCCCGAAACAUACGCUGUUAAUCACAGUACCGUGAAUCACCCAAAUUCGCUCAACAAUCAUCCGUAUGUUGUUGACUCUACACUCGAUCUCACUCGUAAGCGGUGUGUGACAGACACUGACGCUGAGCGUCGUGUCAAGUUCAAAAUUGAACCUCAAGAUGAUCCCUCUCCACCUUCUUCCAGUAAUGUGUAUCCUUCGGUCAACGAUAUAUCACACAUACAUGCCCUACAAUCUCCUCCUCCUUCCCGUCCUGCCACGCCACCUUCUGGGCACCAUUUUGUGUUCAAUCCAGUCAAGUCGACUUCCAAAUACCCUUCAAUUGCGAACGGAUCUGUCCAAUCAGUUGACAAUACACCUGCGCCUAAAUUUCCUCCCUUGCGAAGUGUUUGGUCUGAGAGUGUCGUGCCCACUAGACACUCGCAUUCAAUGUCCACAGGGUCGAUAUCAGCUCGACCCGUUGCAGACACCUCUCUUCCUCCUACCGCCGUAUCACAGCCUGUGAUUCCCGGCCGUAUGAAUAGGUCUGGGUCGAUAGGUGGAGCUUUUGUUCAUCCUUUCACAUUUGCGUACGGCCAAGCGGCCCCUCCUCAGUGGCAGUCUUCCUCGGCCUCCCAUCCACCAGCUCCAGCUUCCUCUCGAACAAGCCCGGAUGUCGGAGGCAUUGGCGACCAUUAUGAGGAUGGAGGUGAUGAUGAUGACGACGAAGAUUCUCCGAGAAGCGGAUAUCAUUCUCAAUCGACACCAUCGUCUGAUGUUCCUCAGGAGUAUCGCAGUGAAGUUGACCGCAUCUUCUUUGAGUAUCUCAACAAAACGUGUUCGAAUCUGGAUGCAACUGACUCUAAAGGAGAGUCUAUUCAUCAGACGUUGAUGGCAAAGAAAAUGCAACGAUUGGACGAAUCGCCAGAUUUCCGACCCUUUAAGUUCCGCAUUCAGGCCUUCACGAAUGCUUUUCUAGAAGAGCUCGCAAAGCAAGGUUAUCCGGAGGAAAAGAUUCCCAUGAAAAAGAUACGAAAUUACCUUUGGCGGCAUCCAUUCAUUCAACGGUACAACGAAGAUGGCCGGAAAGCCAAGUCAAAGGGAAAUCAUAUCUGGAACGUCGAAGCGAAGAAAUCAGGCGAUGGGAAGUGGCAGUUCCGACCGUUCCAUCGCAAACUGGCUGGACCGUUCCCUGGCGUAGCCUAUUGUGGUCUGCGGUGGCAUUGGAAACCUCGUGUUUGGGAUCCUCAAGCCUCCUGGCAGAAUAUCCCUGUCUUCUACAGUUCCCCCUCAUUGCCUUCUUGGCUAUCUUGGAAAGUGAUUGCAAAAUUCAUGCUUGAUGGCCAAGAAAGUCAACUCUCAAACACAUUUCAUAUUAAUGUUGCCCCUCGCUCUGCUAUGGAUCCUGCUUGGACAAAUCGCUCUUCGGCCACAACCACGGCAGUCGACCUUCCACGACGUGCUAGCGAUCCAAUGUUAAAUCGACUGUCCACAAGAAUGCCUUCUCAGUCUUCAAAUAAUGUUUCCGAGAAUGCUCCUGCUCGAGUGGUGGAGGUUCUACAAAAUGUCGCUGCCCGCGUAGCCGAGAAGACUGAAGUAUCUCUAGCAAACUUUUCUGCAGUAGGAAACCUCAAUCAUCUAGCAAAGCAAAGACAUGCGGUGGAGCAAAGUUUGGUUGCUUAUGACCUCGCUCUCACAGGCCCGACUGCACCUGAAACCCAUCGUCUGGCUGUUGCGGCGCAGGCAGUCGUCGCUGAAGCAGCACAACAUGCUCUUGCUCCUCGUGCCGCUGCCGCAGGUGUUACCCCUACAGCUCUGUUAGCAAUCCAAGUCGCUUCGAUUGGGGAGAUGUCCGAUCUCACUCAAGAAGCUCUUGCUGCAGCAGUCACAAUGCAAGGCAGUGGAUCCAACGAUUUGGAUGUAAUUCAGACAACGUCGAAUAUCUUGGCUGCUCAUAAAACACCUAUCAGAUCUCCCUCUUAUGCACCUCCACCUUCAGCUCCAGUAUCAACUUUUGUAUAACAUUACGGAAUAGCAGUGAUAUCUUCAUUUCUUUUGGGUUUGUGAUGCUCUAAUAUUUUUGGUUUUCUUUCUCUUGUGGUGUCCUGGGACUAUCG